AUAUCAUUGUGAAUAACCACGUAGCGGAGAUGUUAGUAAUCGCUAUCAGUUCUUAUCUAGAUAGCGCGCAGUGCGAGCCGCGCGCUCGAAUCGUGAACCAUGUGUCCCUACACUUAGUGAUAUGGUAGUGUUAAAGACUUAAGGGACACAUCAUGGAAACACAGACGAUCAUAAUCGUGAGCGUAUUCAGCGGGGCCUGGCUGAUGCUCUUAGUGAUGAGCAUCGUGCUAUGUACCCAAGUCGCCAGUUUGCGCCGUAAGGUUAAAGACCUUAGUGCCAGCGGACGAUUACGAGUUCAAAAAUUAAAAAUGAGCCAAGGUGGAAACCACGCUUUUCACAAUCCUGGUCUGGCUCCGGACGAGGAACUGUCGCGGCGAGGCUAUUCCAUGUACCAGGCGUCGGACGAGGAUAUCGAAAGCGGUAGAGGUACAGAACGGCAGACGGGAGGGCACUUUGUAGACGAACUGACGCGUGAAUUGGACAACAGACACCAGCGCCAGGCAAACGCUCCACCAUUUCUCCUUCAAGGCAUUGAAGAUAAGAAAAGAAAAACCCCGUCCAAUCCAUUAUCCAACCAAGGACGACAGAAUGACAUGAACCCCAACUUCAUUUAUUAACAAAACUCCUAAUAAAUGAAUUCUUAAAUAAAAGUACCCUGGUCAAAAAACAUUGAAAGUUCUAGCAGACUUAAGCACGGAGGACGCACAUUGUGCUUAUACCAUCUAGAAAUUUCAUAGUUAAGGGUUUAUUUUAUUAUUGUUACAUUAUGAGUGAAAAUGCAAUACUUCUCCAUUACUUUUCCUAAAA